AGGCUACCACUCUGGCUCGGUGCCUCAAGCGGAUGGUAGGGGUAGGGUACCAGAAGCCUCUAGCACUCACAUGGACUUCUACAGAGGGCUCUUUCUAGCCUGGGCUCUCAGCCUCCUACCAGGAUUCUGCGACACCUUCAAUAUUGACACCAAAAGGCCCCGAAUCAUACCAGGCUCUAAAGAAGCGUACUUUGGCUACACCGUGCAACAGCAUGAAAUCGCUGGGAAGAAAUGGCUGGUGGUGGGAGCCCCCUAUGAAACCAAUGGACAGCUGAAGACUGGAGACGUCUACAAGUGUCCGGUGAAUGGCGAGACGAACGGCAACUGCACCAAACUCAACCUAGGAAGAGUAACACUCUCCAAUGUGUCAGAGCGCAAAGACAACAUGCGUCUUGGCCUGAGUCUGACCACAAACCCCAAGGACAAGAGCUUUCUGGCUUGCAGCCCUCUCUGGUCCCAUGAGUGCGGAAGCUCUUACUAUACCACAGGAAUGUGCUCCCGGGUGAACUCCAACUUCAGAUUCUCCAAGACCAUAGCUCCUGCCCUCCAGAGAUGCCAAACAUACAUGGACAUAAUCAUUGUUCUGGAUGGAUCGAACAGCAUAUAUCCCUGGGUUGAAGUGCAACAUUUCCUGAUAAACAUCUUGAAAAAGUUUUACAUUGGGCCUGGUCAGAUACAGGUUGGAGUUGUUCAAUAUGGAGAAGACGUUGUGCAUGAAUUUCAUUUAAAUGACUACAGGUCUGUAAAAGAUGUGGUGGAAGCUGCUAGUCACAUAGAGCAGAGAGGAGGUACAGAAACCAGGACAGCAUAUGGGAUAGAAUUUGCUCGCUCAGAAGCCUUUCAGAAAGGUGGGCGAAAGGGAGCGAAGAAAGUGAUGAUUGUAAUAACCGAUGGGGAAUCCCAUGACAGCCCGGACCUGGAGAAGGUGAUUGAAAACAGUGAGAAGGACAAUGUCACCAGAUAUGCUGUGGCAGUUUUGGGGUAUUAUAAUAGAAGAGGAAUCAAUCCAUCAGCAUUUUUGAAAGAAAUAAAAUUUAUAGCAAGUGAUCCAGAUGACAAGCACUUCUUUAAUGUCACAGAUGAAGCAGCACUUAAGGAUAUUGUGGAUGCACUGGGAGAGAGGAUAUUUAGUUUGGAAGGUACCAACAAAAAUGAAAUCUCCUUUGGACUUGAAAUGUCUCAGACUGGAUUUUCAUCACACAUUGUGGAAGACGGGAUUUUGCUUGGGGCUGUAGGAGCGUAUGACUGGAAUGGAGCGGUGCUUAAAGAAACCAGCAGUGGAAAAGUCAUUCCUCAUAGGGAAUCGUAUCUCCAGGAAUUCCCGGAGGAGCUGAAGAACCAUGGAGCAUACCUAGGUUACACAGUCACCUCAGUGAUGUCUCCAAAGCAUGGAAGGAUUUAUGUAGCAGGAGCUCCCAGGUUCAACCACACUGGGAAAGCAAUUAUUUUUACAAUGCACAGCAACAGAAACCUAACUAUUCACCAGUCUUUGAAAGGAGAACAGAUUGGCUCCUACUAUGGAAGUGAAAUAAAUUCCAUCGACAUUAAUGGAGACGGGAACACAGAUAUUUUGUUGAUUGGUGCCCCCAUGUACUUCAGCGAAGGCAGAGAGAGGGGGAAGGUGUACGUCUACGUUUUAAAAGAGGACCAGUUUGUUUUCAACGGAGCUCUGAAAGAUUUGCAGAGCUACCAGAAUUCUAGGUUUGGCUCUUGCAUUGCCUCCGUCCCUGAUCUGAAUCAAGACUCCUACAAUGAUGUCGUCAUUGGUGCUCCUUUGGAAGAUGACCACCAAGGAGCAAUAUAUAUCUUUCACGGCUUCAAAGAAAGUCUCCUGAAGAUGUAUAAGCAGAGAAUAGCAGCCUCAGACCUUCUUCCAGGCCUGAUGUAUUUUGGAUGCAGUAUCCAUGGACAACUAGAUCUAAAUGAAGAUGGCCUCAUAGACCUGGCAAUUGGCUCCUUUGGAAGUGCUGUGCUCUUAUGGUCUCGCAGUGUUGUCCAGGUCAAUGCCAGCAUUAGGUUUGAACCCUCCAAAAUCAACAUCUUUAACAAAGACUGCAAGCGAAACGGGAAGGACGCCACCUGCAUGUCUGCAUUUGUCUGCUUCACUCCCGUCUUCCUCUCGACCCAUUUUCAGACAGCAAGUGUGGGAUUAAAAUACAAUGCCACCAUUGACGAACGAAGGUACACGCCACGGGCUCAUCUGGAUGAAAAUAGCGACCGGCACACUCAUAGGCUGGUCACAUUGUCUGCAGGACAAGAACACUGUGACAAGCUAAAUUUUCACGUCUUGGACACAGCAGACUAUGUGAAGCCUGUGACAUUUUCAGUCGAAUAUAGGCUGGAGAAUCCCGACCACGGUCCCAUGAUGGAUGAUGGCUGGCCAACUGGAUUUAAAGUCUCUGUGCCUUUCUGGAAUGGAUGCAAUGAGGAUGAACACUGUGUCCCUGAUCUGGUCCUUGAUGCUAAAAAUGAUAUUCCAACUGCCACGGAGUAUUGCAGAAGAGUACUGAGAAAGUCACCAUCGGAUUGCGCCGCCUACACACUAUCUUUUGAUACCUCCGUUUUUAUCAUAGAGAGCACGAGGAGGAGGGUGGCUGUAGAAGCUACGCUGGAGAACAAAGGCGAAAAUGCAUAUAGCACCGUCCUCAACAUUUCCUUCUCAAGAAAUCUGCAGUUUGCUAGCUUGAUUCAGAAGGAUGAUACAGACGUCAAUAUUGAAUGCAUGAAUGAAGAAAAGCGCCCCAACAAGAAGGUGUGCAAUGUUAGCUACCCCUUCUUCCGAGCCAAAGCAAAGGUGGCUUUUCGCCUGGAUUUCGAAUUCAGCAAAUCUAUUUUUCUUCAAAGCAUGGAGAUCUAUCUAACUGCCAACAGUGACAGCGAAGAACAGGAAAGUACCAAAGAGGAUAAUGCUGCUCUCCUGAAUUUUCACCUGAAAUACGAAGCCGACCUCCUUUUCACCAGGAGUUCGAGUCUGGACUAUUAUGAAAUCAAGUCAAACAGCUCCCUGGAGAGGUACGACAGCAUCGGCCCUCCCUUUCAUUGCACAUUUAAGCUGCACAAUCUGGGGUUCUUUCCUGUCGACGGUGUGACUAUCAAAAUCACAAUCCCAGUAGCCACAAGAGGAGGGAAUCGCCUUCUGCUGCUGACCGACUUCAUUGUGGAUCAGGAAAAUACGACGUGUAAUAUCUGGGGAAACAACACUGAUUACAGAAGGACACCUGCUGAGGAGGACCUUUCCCGUAACCUACAACUGAACCACAGUAACUCGGACGUCGUGUCCAUUGACUGUCAUGUGAAAUUAGCAUCCAAUGAAGAAAUCAGCUUUCACUUACGUGGCAAUCUGUGGCUGGAGUCGCUGAAAGCACUGAAGUUCAGAUCACUGAAGCUCACGACGAAUGCAGCUCUGCAGCGACAGUUUCGCAGCCCCUUCAUCUUUCGGGAAGAGGACCCCAGCCGCCAGAUAACGUUUGAAAUCUCCAAGCAAGAGGAGUCCCAGAUCCCGAUCUGGAUCAUCCUAGGCAGCACGCUAGGCGGGCUCCUGCUUCUCGCGCUCCUUGUCCUGGCUCUGUGGAAGCUUGGAUUUUUUAAAAGUGCCAGUCGCAAGAGAGAUACAGAACAGGAGCAGAAUGCCAAAGUAUUCGAAUGAGGCUUCCCCAGCGAGAGCCUGUGAAGCUCAUCUAUCUAUCAACGUGUUCAUAUUAAUUUACAGCUUACGGAGUAUAUGUUUGUCUUGAUGCCGAGGGAUGUGGGUGUGGAACUCCGUUUGCAUCGAGAUGAGAAUACACCCCUUUGUGUGACGUUAUCUAAAUAAAACCCAUUCGGUGGCUAUAUACCACAGGAGCACAAGCAUCAAAAGGUACUUCAAACUGGUUUUAAAUAGCUCUGUUCUGCCUGGCCACAGGCAGCUAUGCAUAUCUGAGAGAGAGAGAGAGAGAGAGAGAGAACUAAGGGCAACAACAGAAUAGGGGUGGUCGUUAUGAUUAAUUUUUUUAUGCUGGGGAUUGCAAGUUUAAUGACAUGCUACAGAUCUAAGAAACAAGCAAGCCAGAGUAAUUGCGAGAGCUGUGAGAUUAGGGUGAAAUCUCAGGAGAUUUACAGUAGCUAAUUUUCAUGUAUAAAAUCCCACUGAUUAAUUGCACCUCCUGUUCUUGAACUUCUUAAUCUGCAUUAGGGAUGGGAUUUGAGAGACGUUCUAGCUGAAAGACGUAGAAAGUCCAGUUCCCAACUGUUAAGCUGUAGCAACAGUAAACCUGCAUUUAUUCUUUGUUCAUUGAAAUGGCCUCACACACUGUGGGUAGUGCGUGUUCCAAAAUAGUUUGAGGGAAUGGACCUUGUGCAGAGCAAUCUUUUGAGGCUGCUACUGCUACUAAACAAUACUUUUGAGAUACCUCAUAUUAAAGGGUAACAUUUGGAUUAUUCAAACGGGGCGGACUUGUCAGUAAAAUGCCACAUGUGAAUUCCCCACCUGCAUGAUUUGCCUGAGGAAAUAAGAUUUCUCCAGUGAGGAAGAAAGAGACUAAAAAUCCUAUCCAAAUAGUGAACAGAUACAUUGAACAAGUUACACAUUUGUUAAAUUCAUGUUGUGCAUCAAAAUUUAAUAAUGCAGGGUUCAGUGGAGCUCCCACUGAAGCAAAGCGGAGCUGGCUCAGGCCGUUAUAAAGCCACAGAUCCCCAAGUGUUUUACAUUUUCUGAGUGGAGCAGUUUAACGGAGAGAUUUUAAUUUGCUUUCUUUUUAAUGCACUGAAAACAGUUAAUAGCAAAUUAAAGCACCUUAAUGCAAAACUUCAGUGUCCAGCUGUAUAUACUUAUUCUGAAAAUAUUUACCUGUUUAAACACAAAAAAACAUCAAAAAACCAGUUUGAAGUGUUUUCUACAAACUGUGCAAUUUCAAAGAGUAUACGUGCAACAGGAAUCGGAAUGUGUAUUAUAAUUGUAUAUACUUUGUGUAAUGCAGAGAUGAUCAGUGCUGUUUGACAAAAAUCUUUUCUUUUGCAUAAUAUAAUUAUUUAUGCUAAUAUUAACUUUAUGAUUGAAAAGAAAGAAAGCAGAUGCCCACCCGAUGUGUAAUAAAGUCUGUUAAAUACUGUUUUAGUAUUUUUUAAGGUUUAAAAAUUCAUAGUUUCAACUACCAUUCUGUGCUAACCCAUUUUCACCAAUUACCAUCUAGAAUUGGACUGAAUUGUUCACGUGCCUUUAGCAUAGAGUGGAAAGCGGGACUAUGAUUAUACUAGUUCUGCCUUUAUUUAUUUUGACAAUAAAUGUAUUUUCCAGAAUGAAUAUAUAGAAGCCUUCUUUUAAAGGGACACUGUCAGGUUGAAAAAACUAAAUGUUUACGCUUGCAGCAUGAGUAGGGUGACCAGAUGUCCCACUUUUAAAGGGACCGUCCCAUUUUGGGGGACUUUUUCUUAUAUAGUCUAUUAUCUUCCCACCCCCAUCCCAUUUUUUUCACAGUUGCUAUCUGGUCACCCUAAGCAUGAGUAUCCCAUUGUGGGCCCAUCUAUACACAUGUUGCAGGAUCAGAUCCUUUGGGCCUUAUCGUUGUGUUAAAACUUUAGGUUAUUUAAACUGAAAAACAAAUCUAAUUGACUUUUCUUGCGUUUUGCAUUUCUCAGCUUGAGCAAGGGAAAGUCUAGUCAGUUUCAUUAUUUCUAGUCAUUUUUACUUUCAUGUUCUCCUGCACUAGCCCAAGCCUGUAAUGGGGAUGCAACUGCUUCAGGGAGUUGUGUAUUUACGUCUGUUUCCACUGGCGAUUUUAAACAAAGAAUGGGACUAGCUAUGUUAGUUUUAGGCUUUGUGAAUGAUUAGCAUGGGGGUGCCUGUUUUACAAAACUGAAUGGAGAUUUUUGACCUGACAUUGUCCCUUUAAUUCAAUAUUAGAUUGGGAAUAGCAAAUGUUUCCCAUCACAAGAAUGCAUUUUCUUAUUGAGCUGCCUUAACUAAAAUAUUGGCCAUUGUACAUCGUUUUUUUUUUCCCCUUCUCUGAGUAAUCAAUUUUCAGAAAUCUUGCAAAAUAAUCAUGUUGAAAGUAUUUAAAUGGAAGGCUGUGUAAAGAACAUUGAAGUCAUCACUUCAUCCUCACACGACCUCUCUCUUUGACCAACAUCAAAACCAACCAAAAAACCAACCCCAACAAACAAACAAACCAGUAGCUUGUUCAUUUCAGAUGUUGGUGACGAGAAAAUUAAUUUUCUUUUUCAAAUCCAAAACUUUAGCUUAUCAUUAGCAUUUCCGCCAUAUUUUAAAUAACGUCAAUCUACACGAAAUAGAAAAUACCUCCAGGUCAAAAUUCACUGGGGCCUGAUUUUGCACCAUUGAAGUCAAUUGGCACUUUGCCACUUCGUUCGGUGGGCACAGAAUAAGACCAAUAGUGAAUAAGCAACAGUGUAAACAGAAUACCCAGUAUUGCUGUGGGUUGGGGUCUUUCCACUGACAACCAAACGGAUGAAACGUCGCGACUUCGUAUUAAUUCUGUUCCUUAAAACAAAAGAAAAUGAUCGUCCGCUCAGUUCUUGCGUAUACUAUACUAAUAAUGGGAAAAUAAAAGCUUUUCUGAUGUAUUCCACCAGUCUCAUAAAGAACAAAAAGAAGCGCUACCAUCUUCUUUGGGAUUGCAAGAUGUCUGGCCAGUGCCUCAUUCUAAUGAGCUGCAUCUGAAGUUCACAUUGCUCGUGUAUAUAGGAAAAGUUUCGCUGGCAAGUGCUAGUUACAUGGUUAGCAAGUUUCCAAUUUGAUGGACAUGCUUUGCCAAAACUUGCCUCUGCUGUAAAAUAUGCAAACAAUGUGCUUGUACACAGGGUAUGUAAAUAUGCUUUGAAAUGUGCAGCUCUACUUUGUAACACUGAACUGCUGGGAAAUACAAUUUGAAGA